CCUCUCCUUUCCUCCAAUUGCUCUCUCUCCCACACCCCCCAUACGCGCACACCUUCUUUUGCUUCUCCCCUCAAAGCUAUGCUCGUCGCUGAAAAACAACAGACCCCCAUCAUGGCCACUAUCAACCUCGACAACCUCAAGGCGCUCUCGGACAAGCACCCAAAGCCCGACGCUAUCGUCUUCUCCUACGGCACUGCCGGUGUUCGUACCAAGGCCAAUCUCCUGGACUCCGUCAUGUUCCGGCUCGGUAUCUUGGCAGCCCUUCGCUCCAAGAAACUGGACGGCAAGGUUAUUGGAUGCAUGGUCACUGCCUCGCACAACCCCGCUGAGGACAAUGGCCUCAAACUGAUUGACCCCCUGGGCGAGAUGUUAGAGGGCAGCUGGGAGACCCAUGCCACCGCACUCGCCAACGCUCCAUCGAACGAACAUUUGAUCGACUAUAUCCACUCCAUGGUCAGCUCCUUGAAGAUCGACCUCACCAAGCCCGCUCACGUCGUCUUUGCACGCGAUACCCGCCCAAGUGGUGAGGCCCUGGUCGCGGCCUUUGCUGAUGGCCUCAAGGUGCUGGAUGCCAAGGAAACGGAUUAUAGCAUCCUUACCACCCCUCAGCUCCACUAUAUCGUCCGCUGUCUCAACACUGCCGGGACCCCUGAGGCAUAUGGCGAGCCAACCGCUGAUGGUUACUAUCAGAAGUUGGCCGCCGCCUUCAAGAUUCUUGUUGAAGGCAAGACCAAGCUGUCGCCUCUCGUCUUGGAUUGCGCCAACGGUGUUGGGGCUCCCAAGUUCAAGGAGUUUUUGCCCUACUUGGGCGACUCCCUUGCAGUUCAACUCGUCAAUGAUGAUACCGAUAACGCAAGCAAGCUGAACCUCAACGCUGGAGCCGACUUUGUCAAGACCCAGCAGCGCGCCCCUGUUGGUCUCAAGCUGGCACCUCAGGAGCGUUACGCCUCCUUUGAUGGCGAUGCUGAUCGCCUGGUCUACUACUACCAGGAUGACGAUGGCACCUUCAAGCUGUUGGAUGGUGACAAAAUUGCAGGACUCUCUGCCAUGUACAUCAUCGAUCUUGUCAAGGCAGCAGGCAUCGACUCGAUCUCGGUCGGUGUUGUCCAGACCGCAUACGCUAACGGCGCAUCCACACAAUACCUUCGCAACAACUUGAAUGUGCCAGUCUCCUGCGUCCCGACUGGAGUCAAGCACCUGCACCAUGAGGCCUUAAAGUACGACGUCGGAGUUUACUUUGAGGCAAACGGCCACGGCACUAUUCUCUUCAGCCCUUCGGCUCUCAAGACCAUUCACUCGGCCGAGGGUUCAAGCCCUGCUCAGGCUGUUGCCAUCCGCUCCCUCCGUGCGCUUUCUGAGGUCAUCAACCAGACUGUCGGCGAUGCGUUCUCGGACCUGCUCUUGGUCGAGACCAUUCUGACCCAGAGACAGUGGACCCCCAAGAUUUGGGAUCAGGCUUACACAGAUUUGCCCAACCGCCUUGUCAAGGUCGUGGUCAAGGACCGCUCCAUUUUCAAGACUGUCGAUGCUGAGCGCAAGUUGGUCGAGCCUGCAGGACUCCAGGAGGCGAUUGACGCGAUCGUGCUCAAGUUCAGAGAUGGCCGUUCCUUUGUCCGUCCCUCGGGCACUGAAGACGUGGUGCGCGUCUAUGCCGAGGCUGCUACACGCCCUGAGACAGAUGAGCUCGCCUUCAGGAUCGGAGGAUUGGUCUUUGACUACAACUCAAAUGGCUCUGGAACUCGCCCUCGCGAAUUCAUCUAAGAGACCCUUUUGUUGAUCCGCCUUCUCAAUCAGCCCAACUCCCCUCCUUACCAACCCCUCAUUUGUAGAAUAGAUCGAAGUCAACGGUACUGGUGCAGCGCCUUCAAAUAAACAGCCGCAACCAUUGAUCUGACCACGGACGAUGUGAUAACAGCAAAUAACAACAUAAAGAAUGCACCCG